GAGGCGAUGCUGCUGCAGCGAGUCAGCUCCUGAUGUGACCUGCAUCCUGAUGUGCAGGAGCAAGGCUGCUGCAGACAGACAGACAGGCAGGCCGACAGAUGUGCGCAGGCUGGAAAGGCAUCAUCUGAGAGGAGAGGCGUCCUUUUGUCUGCGUGGUGAAGUCUAACGGCUUGGAAAUGUGACGAGCACAAUUAGUGAGCGUUCCCGGACAAAGGCAGCUGGGCUCUUUUGUUAAUGCUCUAUUUGUUCGUGCACGUUGGCUGGCGAUGCUUGAUCGGCCUCCUCCAGGACCCAGAUUGACGCGCUGAUUGUGACAGAAGGAUAACCGCACAGGCAGCGACUGACCGCUGGCAUUGUUGUGCUUUUGUGCUGUCUGGCGCAUGUUGUGUGGCUGUGUUAGCUGCUCUGCUGUGGCAGCGCUGUGACCUCCUUCAACCCUUCUCCUGCGUUCAGAUCUUCCAUUUGACGGUCAACAGCUACAAACUGCACAUUGCGGCAGUGAAGUCUUUACUACCUGAGAGAAUGUUGCAGAGGCCGCUUGACAUACGGUUGACAAGGGACUUGACAAAAGCCAACCUGGAUGCCCUGAGAGUUAAUCCACCAAGGCAAGAUAUCAGGCUGAAUAUGUACUGCAGACCCCUUCACGCCCCAGUGCUGGCCUUUGUGAAUGAGUUUGUGGGGCCAGAGCGAUCUCUGUUGCCCCCUCCACCAACUGCCCCAGCUGGGGUAAUGGGGGACCUGGGGACCCAAGCACACAGGGGGAAAGUACAGCGUGCUAUACGCAGCGCAGGAGCGUUCUUUUCCCACAGUAAAGCCCCUUUCAUCUCACAUGCUGUCGGCGAUGCAGUAGCGCUGACUGAAAGAGCCACUCCUGGUUUCCCUGUUGCUUUCUGCUCCAAGGAUGACUGUGCUGUCAGUCUUGAGAGACUGGAUCUGGACCGUCGUGGUCUGACUGAGUGCCCAAACCUGGACGGGAUGGAUAAACUCCGCCUCCUCAACCUGCAGCACAACCUCAUCUCUCACCUGCCACACCUCAAUCACCUGCGGCGCCUCGCCUUCCUCGAUCUCUAUGACAACCGCUUGACCGAUAUGUCACCCAUCUCCGCUCUGGCUUUGCUCCGCGUGCUCAUGCUUGGCAAGAACAGAAUUCAGAGAAUUUGUGGCCUGGACAACUUGACUAAACUCGACGUGCUGGAUUUGCACAGUAACCAGAUCAGUAAGAUAGAGAAUGUGUCUCACUUGUCGGAGCUGCAUGUGCUAAACCUGGCAGAUAACUGCAUCUUCAGAGUGGAGAACCUACAGGGUCUGGACUCACUGACUGAACUCAACCUCAGACGUAACCGAAUCUCCACUGUGACGGAGGUGGACCGGCUGCCCUGUCUCCAGCGUCUCUUCCUCAGCUCCAACAGCAUCAGCAGUUUUGAUGAACUGGCCUGUCUGGGACUCUCCUGCUCUCUGUGUGAGCUCACCCUGGAUGGGAACCCUGUAGCUCAGGAGUCAUGCUACAAACAGGCCGCGCUGCGCUGUGUGCUUCCACUCAGGCUGCUGGACAUGAAGCGCAUCACAGAGGAGGAGAGACGCGCGGCGAGUCUUUUAGCGCGAAAGGAGGAUGAGAAGAAACGUGAGAGCCACAAGCAGGCCGCUCAUAAGGAGAAGCGUCGCUUGGCAAUCCGUAAUGCAGCACAGCAGUGGGAAGGAUCCAAGACCUGUCUGGAGCUUCCUGCCCAAAAUGGAGCAAAGGAAGAGCUUAGCCCCGAAAACAGCCCCGCGCACAGCCCUGCCCAGACUAAUGGGAUCGCUCAAGAGCCCUCACCCGAUGAGCUGAGGAAAGAUAAAGGGAGUCCAUUCAUUGUUCCGGAGCGUCCAGCAGGGGGCGGUGAGAGUAGGUUGCGUUCAACCAGCCGCCCCAACAGCCCCCGAGACCCCAGACUCCAGGAGACCGGCGGUUCCAGCAUCCAGAGCCUUUCUAUGUCAGAGAGCCAUGUCGCCGAGCUGGAUGGGGAGACUGUGCGUCUCUUUGGCCCAGGGGCCUUGGAGGCACUGGAGAGGGGCUGGGGAGUGCAGACGGCCAGCGCUGUCACCACCAUCACCUUCCGCUACAUCCAGUUUGACAGCAUCAUCCCCACCCUGCCCCGUAUCCGCCUCAAAUUCCCCAACCUCACGCACCUGAUCUUCAUGGAAACUAAUAUAACACGGCUGCUGCAGUUGGCCGCUCUAGCACAGGUCCGGCGGCUGGAACAGGUCACUAUCCACCCAGAGGGGAACCCUGUGGUCAGCCUGACACUGUGGAGAGCCUUCCUCAUAUACAGACUUAACCACCUUAACCUGCAGAGGAUCAAUGGCACAGAGGUGACCAUGAAUGAUGUCAUGGCAUCGGAACGCCUUUUUGGGAUUCUGGGUCACGUCUCUUCCACAGAAACGCCUCGCUGUCGUCUGUUGCUGCUACUGGAGGAGUCUAGGAAGAGGCAGCUGCAGUUCCUGCUGGAGGGGAGGGGUCGCAGGGCUGGGUGGAGCCCAGAGGAGCUGAAGGAAAACGGGAAGCUGCUGGGGGAGAGCAUGAGCCGAGCACUUUUUAACUACCCAAGCAGAGACUCCAGCUCCGAAAGCCCUGAGGAAGGUGGAGGUGAGGCGCUGGAGCGUGGCCCGAUGGUGGAGCAGUAUCUAAAAGAGCUGGUGCACCAAGCGUCCAGCACCAGCGUGAAGGGGGAAGCCCUGCAGAAGCUGUGGCCUGCUGUGUUUGUGGAGAUGGUGAGGGACUGUGUGCUGGAGAUGAGGGACACACCCACCUACAGACGGGCCUGCCUCAACACGCUCGGCCAUGGCAAAUGAGAGAGAGGGGAAGAGAGCGAGGGUGGAGAGGGAGGUACAGAGAGAGAACUACAGAACCGAAAGUGCACGGAGAGGAAUGACAGGAUGACAGGAUACAAACCCCACCUGGGAAGAAUAACCACAACAGCAACAACAACAAUCCCUCCGUUUUUUCCUCUCGCAGUUUCUCUUCUUCGCUCUCGUUCCCAGAUUCAGUCUCCUAUGGAGACUUUAGAUCACACUCGGUCGAAUGUGCAGAUUUGAACUUGGUCAUUGUGCGACGGAGAGAUUGUUCUGCAACCCUGUUCUAUCUGAGAGAUAAUCUUCUCCUCUGGAGAAGACAGAGAUGCACCUGAUUGAAUGUGAAUGAUCUUCAAAAAGAAAUGAUGCCUGGUUUUAUUCUUUCGUCCAUUCACUUCAACUGUACCAGAACAGCACGCUUAGUAGUAAACCAGACUGUUGUGUGGUGUUCUGGUCUUCCUAUUGGUGCUCCGAACAAAGGUCAGUCUCUGGACAAAAAUACUAACAUAGGUCAGUCUCUGGACAAAAAUACUAACAUAGGUCAGUCUCUGGACAAAAAUACUAACAUAGGUCAGUCUCUGGACAAAAAUACUAACAUAGGUCAGUCUCUGGACCAAACUUACUACCGUAGGUCAGUUUCUGGAGAAAGAUAUUAACAAACAUUAGUUCCCUGGACAAAAAUGGACAAACAUUUAGUUCACACAUCCAACAUGUCGUUCUGCUGUCCCACCAUCUCUGGAAAAGACAUCCAUCUUAGCAUCCUUCCGUCUUCUCUGUAAGCCUUACGCUGCUGGACUUUUAGUCUUCUUGCACAGUUUUUUUUUGUUCUGUAUUUUACGAAAUAUUAAAAGAGAAUGAUGAACUUU